AUGGAAGGACAAAACACCAGUCACAGCAGAGAGAAACUGUACACGUGCAGUCACAAUGGGGAGAAACCAUGGAAAUGUGGAGACUGCAAGAAGGGAUUCAGUUACCCAUCUGAGCUGGAAACUCACCGGCGCCGUCACACAGGGGAAAGGUCAUUUACCUGUUCCAGGUGCAGGAAGGGAUUUACAUGGUCAUCCAACUUACAUAGACACCAGAGAACUCACACUGCGGAGAAACUAUACAUGUAUUCUGUAGGUGGAGGAGGUGUCAGCCAAUCAUCUAGACAGUCAGAACAGAAAUGCAGUCGCAAUGGGGAGAAGCCAUGGACAUGUGGGGACUGUGGGAAGAGAUUCAAUUACCGAGUUCAGCUGGAAACUCAUCGGCGUACACAUGCUGGAGAGGGACCAUUCAGGUGUUCUCAGUGUGGGACUGGGUUCAAGACAUCAUCUGAUCUCACUGAACACCAGCGAGUUCACACUGGGAAGAGACCAUUCACCUGUCCUGAGUGUGGUAAGAGAUUCACUCAAUCAUCCAGCCUGCUGAUGCACCAGCGAAUUCACACCGUGCCAAUACCAGUCAUGACGAUGACUGGCUAUAACCACCGUGGUAGUGUGGCCGAGCGGUUGAAGGCGCUGGACUUAAGUUCCAGUCUCUAA